AUGAACACCCGGCAGCGAAGCAAAGUUAUCUACUCCUGGCACGGGGAACCCGUGAGCUCGGACAGAAAACUGAGGACUUCCCAGUACAAGGGAGUCCUUAUUACAUCAGAAAGAAGCGGAACAGAAAGUCGUGUACAGCUUGGUGACUAUAUUUUAGUGGAAGGGGAGAAUGCAGAUCAGCCUUUUGUGGCACAACUCCUGGAUUUGUAUGAAGAUGGUGCUCAACAGAAACAUGCAGUUGUGCAGUGGUUCUCUCAUAUUACAGAGAUACCUCUGAAUAAACGGAAGCUGCUUAAAAGAGAAGUUUCUCCCCAGGAGGUGUUUUUUGAUCAAGUUUCUGGCUAUGACACUGAUAUAGCUGUGGAGACCAUUAUUAAAAGCAUCAGAGUAAUACCACUACAUCCAGGGGAGGAACUACCUAUUACAUUAAACAAGGAACAAACUUUUUAUGUAAAACAGUCCUGGGAUGGGAAAUGCUUUAAGGCUUUGCCCCCUGACAUAUUCUCUAAGCUGAAGGACGCUAACAAGAAAGGCAGUGGCUUGUCAAACUCAGUUAUUCCUUUGGACACACUUUCCCCCCUAAAGAAAGGGACAGAGAGUGUUCGGAGUGCCACGAAGCCAAAAAAUGGGGAGCUGGAAAUAGAAUCGAAACAUUCGGCUUCAAAGUCCUCCCUCGCUAAGGAGAGGCAGUCCCAAAGGGUGGCUAAUGGCAUCAAAACUCCAACAGCAAGGAAGAAGUUAGACUUGAACAGUCCCACAAGAUCUAAAAGCAGGCUCCAGGGUUGUGAAGUUUUGGAACUUUUGGAUGAGGAUUGUGAUGCUAUAGCACCAUUAGAACCAUCAACUACUAAAAGAAAAGUGCAGUUCACUGGCAUUUUGGGCUCCCCACCAAAAAUCCCUUGUGCCAACGACAGGUCCAAGUCGGCGUCUGACGCGGCGAAGCGACGGCAGAGCUUCAGUGACACCAUUCGCUUGUCCCCCUAUAGUAAGGCCAAAGACUCCAGUGAGAAAGCCAAGAAUCUUCAUGUGAGAGAUGACACCCUGUCUUUAACCGGGCAUCAGGAUCUGGAUGGUCAGACCCUUAUACUGACCCCUCGUUCUCGUAGAACGUGUGUGCGGGAAACGAGCGCCCGCAUUGCAGAGCAAGUGAGCAUAUUAAAUACACUGGAUUUGAAUCAGGAAGAGCAUUUUCUGAGUAGCUCUGACAGCAAUUACACUUCAGAUAGUGAGGAAGAGGAUGAUGUGCUCAGUACGCCAGAAAAGAAAAGUAAUUCAAAAAGAAUAUUCAGCACACCAAAAUCUUCAAGGAAGUCUUCAGUUCACACUCCUGCUAAGACCCCGAAGAAAACUCCUUUCCCAGGAACACCCAAGACACCCCGGAACGCGACUCCCGAAAUCCCCAGGCGCAGCCACGCAGCACAGAAACCAGCCAGUGUCCUGGAAGAAGCCAGAUUAAGGCUGCAUGUUUCUGCUGUCCCAGAAUCUCUACCUUGUCGGGAAGAAGAAUUCCAGGAUAUCUAUAACUUUGUGGAAAGCAAACUUAUUGAUGGUACAGGAGGGUGCAUGUACAUUUCUGGAGUGCCUGGAACAGGUAAAACUGCAACUGUUCAUGAGGUAAUUCGUUCUCUUCAGGAGGCUGCAGAGAAGGAUGAAGUACCAUCCUUCCAGUUUGUGGAGAUCAAUGGCAUGAAGCUGACUGACCCUCACCAGGCUUAUGUGCAGAUACUGGAGUUUCUGACAGGUCAGAAGGUGACAGCAACCCAUGCUGCAGUGCUCUUGGCGAAACUGUUCAGUACACCUGGACCAAAGAGGAAGACCACAGUGCUGGUAGUGGAUGAGCUUGAUCUUCUGUGGACCCGGAAACAGAAUGUGAUGUACAAUUUAUUUGACUGGCCUACUCAGAAGCACUCCAAGUUAAUCAUCUUGGCCAUUGCUAACACCAUGGACUUGCCAGAAAGGAUAAUGAUGAGCAGAGUCGCUAGCAGGCUGGGCCUCACCAGAAUGUCCUUUCAGCCCUACACCUACAAACAGUUACAGCAAAUUAUUUCCUCCAGACUGAGCAGCGUGGAGGCAUUUGAGGAGGAUGCAAUUCAGCUUGUCUGCAGAAAGGUUGCAGCACUGUCUGGUGAUGCAAGGCGUUGCCUUGAUAUCUGCAGAAGGGCCACUGAGAUCUGUGAGUUUGCUAGCCAAAAGAGAACCUCCAGAAUAGUCAGGAUGGCCCACAUAACAGAAGCCAUAGACGAAAUGUUUUCAUCACCAUAUAUAAAUGCAAUCAGGAAUGCCUCACUGCAUGAACAAAUCUUUUUGAAAGCAAUUUUAGCAGAGUUCCGUAGGGCAGGAGUUGAGGAGGCAACAGUUCAACAGGUCUAUCACCAACACACAGCACUGUGUAGAGUUGAAGGCAUGCGGAGUCCUACAGUGUCAGAAAUUAUGGCAAUUUCUUUCAGACUUGGUGCCUGCAGGCUCUUGCUGGUGGAAUCCAGUAAUAAGUAUCUGCACAUGCGAGUGCGACUAAAUAUCAGCCAGGACGAUGUCACCUAUGCGCUCAAGGAGGAAUAA